CGCCCAAACAACCACGCUUUCAUUGAUACCCACGCCACACCCGCCCGCUUUCUCUGAGGCUCUUUGAGGCUCUUCCCGCCGCCAACGCCACGCAAUUGCCUUGUUCGAGCGACUGUUGGAGCCCGCCAGCCCUUUUCAGUGCGCCCGCCCCCACCGCCGCCUGCGACACUCGCAAACAGACGCGUUCGACCACAGCACCCCUACCCCCCACCAUGUCGUCCACCGAAGAACCCACCGCAGCACCUCCGGCCGAUGCGACGCCAGCAGAGGAGACGCCAGCGGAGGAAAGCUCGCUCGCAGAAGCUCAGGCCGACGGCAGUGGACCCCCCGGCAACGGCUCUACCAUGGUCGAGACCGAGUUCAACGUCGAGGUGAAGCUCGCAGAUAUGCAGGCCGACCCAAACAACCCUCUGUUCUCUGCCCAGACAUUCGAGCAGCUCAGGCUCUCGGAGGACCUUCUGCAGGGCAUUCGUUCGAUGAACUUCCGCAAGCCAUCCAAGAUCCAGGAGAAAGCCCUGCCGCUGCUGCUCAUGGACCCGCCCACGAACAUGAUCGCGCAGUCGCAGUCCGGAACCGGCAAGACCGCUGCCUUUUCUCUGAACUGCCUGUCGCGUGUCGACCUCGGGCAGCUGAGGCCACAGGCUCUGGUUCUGGCACCAAGCCGAGAGCUCGCUCGCCAGAUCUUGGGCGUCAUAUCACACAUGGGCCAGUUUAUGCAGGGUCUGAAGACAAUGGCGGCGAUCCCUGACCCAUCGAGACGUGGCCAGAAGUACGGAGCGCACAUCCUCGUUGGCACACCCGGAACUGUUACAGAUAUGCUGAGAAGGCGGUUGAUCGACGCCACGGGCAUCAAGAUCUUGGUCCUGGACGAGGCCGACAACAUGCUUGACCAGCAAGGCUUGGGCGAGCAAUGCACCCGUGUCAAGACGAUGCUUCCCAAGGACUGCCAGACAGUACUGUUCUCUGCGACCUUCCCCCCGAACGUCAUCUCGUACGCCAAUCGCUUCGCGCCGAAAGCCAACGUCCUCACCCUGGCCCAUGAAGAUUUGACGAUUGAAGGUAUCAAGCAGCUUUACAUCGAUAUCGACAAGGACAACGACAAGUUCGGGACGCUGCUGAAAUUCUACGGCCUCAUGACCCAGGCCUCGUCAAUCAUCUUCGUCCGAACCCGCAGGACCGCCGAAGAGCUCGAGCAACGCAUGGAAGCGGAAGGACACAAGGUUGCCCAGCUCAGCGGUGGUCUGGAAGGCCCGGACCGUGACAGGAUCAUUGACCGUUUCAGGUCGGGUGAGGCCAAGGUGCUGAUUACGACGAAUGUUCUCGCACGUGGGAUAGAUGUGCAGUCCGUGACAAUGGUCAUCAACUACGACGUUCCCACUAUGGCUAAUGGCAUUGACGCUGAUCCCGAGACGUAUCUGCACCGCAUCGGACGUACCGGACGAUUCGGCCGUGUCGGUGUCGCUCUCACCUUUGUGCACGACAAGCAGAGCUGGUCGCAGCUGAACGCUAUCGCAACGUACUUCAAGACCGACCUUGUGCCUAUCGACACGAGCGACUGGGACGCUGUCGAAGAGCUGAUCCAGAAGGUCGUCAAGAGCUCGCGCGCUGGCAAGACCACCCAAGAGAUGAACGAGAUCGUCAGUGGAGACGCUUGAAUGGCCGCACCGGAGACCUCCAGAAGCAUCAAAGCAUACCGAUAGGGGCUUUCACGACGACGACAACGAUAUAUGAGCAUGUGAAGACGGAUGAUACACUACUGCGUUGCAUGUACAACGGUGGAGGCAUUGUUCCUCGGCGAGCAUGGAUGGACCACAAAGGUCAGGAAAAUAGACACGAUACAUGUAAAUCUUGAGAUACCCACAGAGACCGUCUUGAGGCCUUCGUAUGUAGUUCGAGACUCGUCUGCUUUGUGAUUCAAUCUCAGCCUCCAUCGUACGAAGCACAAUCGGUGUAUUUCGGCGUACUUGCACAACAAGGUAACCUUUCGGGUCUAAACACAUCCACCAUCCGAAGGCAGCCCAAUCCAGCAUCUACGCCGCGCAGACGACGAAUAACGUCAUCGCGCACAGACAUGCGCCGCAGUUCGUCCGCUGCG